CAGGGCUGCAUCUGCGCCCGCGGUCAGCUGUUCCAUGGCCAGUGGUGAAUGGCGAUUCUCAGGUGAAUGGUUGCAAUAUUCACACAAAUUGCAAACACAACAAGGAGAUUUAAACAAAUUAAUUGUAUAUAAAAGUACAAGCGCAGCGAUGCAGAACAUAUCGGAUGAGGAGGGCGUCGCGCCCAGCCGAACGGCGGGGGGCGUGGCCGCCGCAGCAGCAGCGGAUGGCGAUGACGGCGGAGGAAACGUAGGUGGCGGCGGUAGCGGCGGCGGUGGCGGUGGCGGCGGCAUCAUUGUUUUGAGAGCAGCGCUGGGAGAGACUGAGACGAGAGCGGUAAUCAAUAAAUGGCGGGUACGCGAGGGACAGUUCGUGUCGGCCGCGCAAAUUCUGUUUCUCUACCAGCCAGUGGGCGAGGACGGAAAGCCCGGGAAAUCGGGCGACUCGGCGGUCCAGAAGUACAAGUCCCAGCGCGCCGGGGUGGUGAAGAAGCGCCUCCGCAAGGAUGGGGAGCUGCUGUCAAAGGGGGAUGCCAUUCUGGAGUUGUCGGAGUGCAUACACACCACGGUAAUCAAGGACAUGUGCGCGGACUGCGGUGCCGACUUGCGUCAGAACGAGAAUGGCCAAACGUCGGAGGCGUCGGUGCCCAUGGUGCAUACAAUGCCCGAUCUGAAGGUCACCCAAAAGCUGGCCCAGAAGCUCGGCCAUGACGAUACCCGGCGCUUGCUGGCCGAUCGGAAGCUGGUGCUGCUGGUCGAUCUCGAUCAGACGGUGAUCCACACCACCAAUGACACGGUGCCGAACAACAUCAAGGGCAUCUACCACUUUCAGCUGUACGGACCCCAAUCGCCGUGGUAUCACACGCGCCUGCGCCCAGGCACGUCCGAGUUCCUGGAGCGCAUGUCCCAGCUGUAUGAGCUGCACAUCUGCACUUUCGGAGCGCGCAACUACGCACACAUGAUAGCCCAGCUCCUGGACCCGGAGGGCAAGUUCUUCUCGCACCGGAUCCUGUCCAGGGAUGAGUGUUUCAAUGCCACCAGCAAGACGGAUAACCUAAAAGCUCUAUUUCCCAACGGGGAUUCCAUGGUGUGCAUCAUUGACGACCGGGAGGAUGUGUGGAAUAUGGCCUCCAAUUUGAUUCAAGUGAAACCCUACCACUUCUUUCAGCACACGGGCGAUAUUAAUGCCCCGCCGGGCUUGUCCAAGCACGAGUUGGACGGCGAAGGCGUUGACUUCAAAGAGAUUACCGAGAAGAAGGAAGACAAAGACAAAGUCGAGUCCAGCAGUGAAGCAAAGCCCGAAGACACAGAAAAGGGUGAUAAUACGGUCUCAAGCACAAGCAAAGACGAUGAGGGAGGAGACAAUGAGGAGUCAGUGGAUACAUUUGAACUAGAGGGCGGCGAAGCCAAGGACCCCGAAGUUUCAAAUUCCUCAAACACCACAGAGACACCCAAGGAGCCGAGUGACAAGCUGAAUGGCAAGACUUCCUCCAAGGAGGAGAUAGCGGUCAUAGAAGACAGCUCUCCGGGCUCACCGGAUGCGGAAAAGCCGGCCAGCGAGGGCGAAGACGUAGUCGUUAUUGACGAAAAUUCCAAGGAUAGCACAAAGGCCGACGUCACGGCAAUGGAAGUCACGCCGCCCGAAGAAACAGAGGUGGCUGUGGCAUCUUCCACCAGUUCGACUGAGGAAAACAGCCCAAAGGCUAAAGCAGAAGAUCUAGCCUCCACGUCAAAAAGCACGCCACCAAACGAGGGGCAAAAGCAAAUCGAAAUCGAGGAUCCUGACGACUACCUGCUCUACUUGGAGGUCAUACUGCGCAACAUUCACAAAAGAUUCUAUGCCAUCUACGACGAGACCACAGAAAUUCCCGAUCUCAAGAUCAUCGUUCCCAAGAUCCGAUGUGAGGUGUUGCGCGGCCAGAACCUGGUGUUCUCCGGGCUGGUGCCCACGCAGAUGAAGAUGGAACAGUCUCGGGCCUACUUCAUUGCCAAGAGUCUGGGGGCCGAGGUACAGCCAAACAUCGGCAAGGGAAUCACGCAUCUGGUGGCGGUAAAUGCCGGCACCUACAAGGUGAACGCGGCCAAGAAGGAGGCCAACAUCAAGGUAGUCAAUGCCAAUUGGUUGUGGACCUGCGCCGAGCGCUGGGAGCACGUGGAGGAGAAGCUCUUUCCGCUGGACCGCAAGGUGCGCAACAAGGGCCGCCAGCCACCCGCCCACUGUCACAGUCCCGAGCACGUGGUGAACUACAGCGAGCGGUCCGAGAUCUCUCCCUCGAGCAGCAAGCAGCAGGAGGAGCAGAGCGGAAACUUCCGCGAGACCCUCAACCCGCUGCUGGUCUUCACCAAUGCGGACAUUGAGUCUAUGAACAAGGACUACGAGACAUUCUUCGAAUCAGACUCGUCCAGCGACGAGGGGCCAGUCAACUUUGAAAAUCCACCCAUGGACAAGAAGCUGUUGAAGCGAAAGCGAGAAGAUGACAAUUCCAACAGGGCCCACGACUUCUUUACGCGUGCGGAGGAUGUAAUGAUUGGGGCGCCGAACAUCAUAGACUUUGACAAGAGCUCAAACGAGGAGGGAGAUGACAAUAACGAGGAGGAGGAGGAAGAGGAUGACGACGACGAGAUGCCCAGCGCCAAGUUUCGACGAGGGGAAGAUGUACCGUCCGACUUGGAGUUUGGCUCCGAUUCGAAUAGCGACAACAACCCAGAGGAUGAGGACGACGGCGAAUGGAACAUGAUGGGCGCUGCCCUGGAGAGGGAGUUCCUCGGCCUGGAAGAUUAACUUCUUUGCGAACUCCGAGUACGCUUACGCUUAAGAACAGUACUGUGUGUAUUAGGUGUUAAUAUGUACUUUUAAAGUAGCCUGUAAGAAGAGAUCGCACACCCAAUCGCAGCGAGUCCCCCGGAGCCAAGACCUCUCUCAAUCUGAUCUGAUGUAAAUUGAAGCCUACUGUAAAUGUUUUACAAAUAAAUUCCGUCACAGCGGACUAGCGUCUAGUGUUUAAUUUAAAAUUUAACAACCAAUGUACAC